GUCCCGGAGCCGCGCACCGGGCGCCCCCUCCCUAAACCCCGUCCCCGCCUCGGGGGAGCGCGCCGAGUCUCCGCCCUCGGCCCCCAGACCCCAGGUCCCCUUGCCCCAGUCCAGGCCGGUGGCCACGGAAACCGCUGGCCUCCUCCGCCUCUGUCCCGCCCGCGGCGGCAUGGACUACCUGACCACGUUCACCGGGAAGAGCGGGCGCCUUCUGAGGGGCACGGCCAACCGCCUGUGGGGGCUCGGGGGUGGCGGAGAAGCCCGGCAGGUGCGCUUCCUGGAUUACCUGCGGGAGCCGGGCCAAGGGGACCCGGGCUGCGGGGCUCCGUCCCGCCAGUUCCCAAUGCCGUCCAGCCCGGAGGGACCCGACACUGGCCAAAAGAAGUCCCUUGACAAGAAGGAUGGGAGACGAAUGUCUUUUCAGAAACCGAAAGGAACUAUUGAAUAUAAGGUUGAAUCAAGGGAUUCUUUGAAUAGUAUAGCCCUGAAGUUUGAUACAACACCCAAUGAACUUGUUCAGUUAAAUAAAUUAUUCUCCCGCUCAGUUGUGACUGGACAGGUUUUAUAUGUUCCUGACCCAGAAUAUGUCUCCAGUGUUGAGAGCUCUCCAUCUCUUAGUCCCAUAAGUCCUCUGUCACCAACAUCAUCUGAGGCUGAAUUUGAUAAGACUACCACUCCUGAUGUAGUCCACCCAAAAGAAGCAACUCCCUCAUCUACUUUUAGUGGUAUUCGACCUGCACGAAUUGUGUCUUCCACUUCUGAGGAGGAAGAAGCAUUUACUGAGAAAUUUCUUAAAAUUAACUGCAAAUAUGUGACCAAUGGCAAGGGCACAGUCAGUGGUGUGCUGCUAGUCACACCCAAUAACAUUAUGUUUGAUCCACAUAAAACUGACCCAUUGGUUCAAGAGAAUGGCUGUGAGGAGUAUGGCAUCAUGUGUCCCAUGGAAGAAGUGAUGUCAGCUGCAAUGUAUAAGGAAAUUUUGGAUAGCAAAAUAAAGGAAUCCUUACCCAUAGAGCUAGAUCAGUUAUCAGGAAGAGACUUCUGCCAUUUAAAGAAGGUAGCAAGAAGUAACAAUGAAACAGACUCAAGAAUUCGUGAGGCAACUAACGAUAGUGCCAGCACUGUUCCUAGGAGCACUGAGGAAUCUCUUUCUGAAGAGGUAUUCACAGAGUCAGAACUCUCCCCUAUACGAGAAGAGCUUAUAUCUUCAGAUGAGGUGCGGCAAGAGAAGUCAUCCAAUGAGUCCACAGAAUCUGUGAAAACUGCCCAUCAGAGUGGAGUAGAAUGUUUGACAGUCAUUUCUGAGUCUCCUAGUACUCUGGAAAACUUAAAAUCCUACUCUGGACACUCUACAAAUGAAGACGGAACUCUUUCCCAUAAAACUGAUUUAAAUAAUCUUUCAGUGACCACAAUGGGUAGAGAUCAGACUACCAGUCAUUCUCAAGACACAUCAAACCUCAAAGAGCAAAGUCCAAAUGCAAAAACUAAGACUGGUGAGGAUGUUCUUCAGGAAAAUUCCUUGCACCAAGAAGAGGGUGGAGAAGAAAGUAUGCCUUGUGGGGAAGCAAUGGAACUGAAACAGAAACAAACCAUCAAGAAAGGAAAACAAGAAAAGGAUCAAAACCAGGACUCAGAGACAGAGGUGGAAGAGCUGCGAAAACUCUGGAAAACUCAUACUAUGCAACAAACUAAACAGCAAAGGGAAAAUAUGCAGCAGGUGUCACAAAAAGAAGUUAAGCAUAAAGUCGCAUCUACUGACAUAGAAGGUUCUGCAGUUUUGAAAGAAAAGAGAAGGCACCGGUUACAUAAGUUCUUAUGUCUCAGAGUGGGGAAACCAAUGAGGAAAACAUUUGUAUCUCAUGCUAGUGCAACAAUGCAACAGUAUGCACAGAGAGAUAAGAAACAUGAAUACUGGUUUGCUGUGCCACAAGAAAGGACAGACCACUUGUAUGCCUUCUUCAUUCAGUGGAGUCCAGAAAUCUAUGCAGAAGAUACUGGUGAAUAUACCAGAGAACCUGGGUUUAUCGUAGUAAAGAAGAUCGAAGAGUCUGAAACAAAUGAGGAUUCCUCUAGUGAAGCAGCAGCCAGAGAAUGGGAGGUAAGGAAGAAAGUAUAAAGAUUUCACUCACCAGUAUACAAUGUAUGAAUUUAUAUCUCUGUGGUUCUACAAAAAAAGAAUAGGUCAACUUUGUACAGAAGGAUGCUUUUGUUGAAGGAUUUCAUUUCACUUCCUAUCUAUAUAUGUGUUUUUGAGUGAAGCUGACAGCUUAGGAUAAU